UAAGACGUAAGUAACUUAAGGUUUUGAAAGCAUUCCUGCUUCCUUAGUAUAAAUCCUUUUGAGCAGGGGUCCCCCACAACCCCUGGGCGGAGGACCAGUACUGUUCAGCGGCCUGUUAGGAACCAGGCCACACAGCAGGUGAGCAGGGAGCAAGCAAGCAAAGCUUCAUUUGCUGCUCCCCAUUGCUUGCAUGACUGCCUGAACCAUCCCCCACCCCCCUCGAAAAACUGUCUUUCACGAAACCGGUCCUGGUGCCCAAAAGGUUGGGGACAGCUGCUUUUGAGUAAAAAAAACUAUUGGAUAAAUUGGACUUUUCAUGCUUUUGAAGUAGCUUUGCUAAACUGCUUCCCAGAAAUGUUACGUUGUAGUGAGUAGAAAGAUGGAACUAGAGCUGCAAGUCUAAAGUGGCAAAAUAGGAAAGGCAGAGGUUAAAUACAUGGCUGAAGGCGUGGUGACUGAGGACCUGGUGAGGUAAGAGAUUUUCAGGCAAGAUGGUAUUUUUGCACCUCAGAACCUUGCUUAGGCUGAUAUCCCUUCCAAACCCUCUAGUGUCCUAUUUUUCUCACCCAAAUUACUGUUCUCUUCUACAUGUUGCCACAAAAUACAGUAGGUAUAUUUGAAGACCUUGAAAGGGAAGUUGUGUGUUGCUAAGCUUUGCGUUUUGAGGACUUUGCAGUUGCCUACAGUGAGCGUACAAUAAAUUGGAAGUUGAAACCUUUUCUGUGAUCUUGCAAUGGUACUCCAGGGCAGAAAAGGGAAGGAAAUCAGUCCGUCCAAAUGUUCACAAGCUAAAGAAGGGGCUUCUGGAAUGGCAGGGUCUCUCGAUCCCAACGCUGAGAAAAUUGCCUUCUCUUAAUUACUUGGCCCGGCAACACUGGAGCUUCGGCCCCAGGACUAAUUUCUAGGUGGGGCCGCGUAGAGGAGCAGUGCGCACGCGUGCGCGGGGCACGGCCGCCGACAUGAUGCGCGCGGGGCGCGUGCGCAGCAGAGCCGCACGGUGGCGCGUCUCGUGGGGCUUCCGGGGUUGUGUUCUCGGCAUGGCCACCUCGCUGUCGCCGCUGCUGACUCUGCUGUCGCUCCUCUCCGGCCCGUGGCUCGAACUAGGGAAUGGGCAGACGACCAACAUGGUCCAGCUACCAGGUGGGAGAUUCCAGAUGGGAACAAAUUCACCAGAUGGCAGAGAUGGUGAAGGACCUGUCCAGGAGGUGACGGUAAAACCCUUUGCCAUCGACAUAUUUCCUGUCACCAACAAAGACUUCAGGGAGUUUGUCAGGGAGAAAAAGUACCAGACAGAGGCUGAGGUGUUUGGGUGGAGCUUUGUCUUUGAGGACCUUGUCUCUGAUGAGCUUAGAAACAGAGCAACCCAGAAAAUGCAGCCUCUUCUCUGGUGGCUUCCAGUGGAAAGGGCAUUCUGGAGGCAGGCUCUCUCUUCCCACUUCCUUGCUCCAUCUGUGGUAAAAGCUGAACUCAGGCACCCUAAGCCUAGCCUUCCUCAGACUUCCACGAGCUCCCAGAAGCUUGUCUCACUUCAUCCUGGCUAUCAGCCUGCAGGUCCCGGCUCUGGCAUCCGAGAGAAACUGGAGCUCCCAGUGGUACACGUGAGCUGGAAUGAUGCCCGUGCCUACUGUGCUUGGCGGGGGAAACGGCUGCCCAUUGAGGAAGAGUGGGAGUUUGCUGCCCGAGGGGGCUUGAAGGGUCAGGUUUACCCCUGGGGAAACGAGUUCCAGCCAAACCGCACCAACCUGUGGCAGGGAAAGUUCCCCAAGGGCGACAAGGCUGAGGAUGGCUUCCACGGAGUCUCCCCGGUGAACGCUUUCCCCCCACAGAACAACUACGGGCUCUCUGACCUCGUGGGCAACGUGUGGGAGUGGACAGCGUCACCAUACCAGCCUGCCGACCAGGACAUGCGUGUCCUCCGGGGGGCGUCCUGGAUCGACACGGCGGACGGCUCUGCCAAUCACCGGGCCCGGGUCACCACCAGGAUGGGCAACACUCCAGAUUCAGCCUCAGACAACCUAGGCUUCCGCUGUGCUUCCAGUGUAGGCCGACCGCCUGGGGAGCUGUGAGCAGCCACACAGAGAUGAGAGGAGUCCCCCGUGGCACUCCCUGGCCACAUGCCAAACACAGCCAAACUUGGGACUGCGUCCAUCCCCUCCCCCAUCCUCUGCGGCAGGCACCUCUCCCCCGGGCAGGAAAGGACCCUGACCUCCGCGGAGGGGCGCCACUGUCUCUUGGAGAAGGGGCCCAACUUACUGAUUGUGCCCAGGAGCCGGAUGUUUCUCUUAGAGGUCAAAUAUUGACCGUAUGGGGGCCACAUACUCAAAACAGUUGGGGCACAGUGCUCUGAAAGGCAGUUUGUGAAAAAAUUUUAAAUCUGCUCCCUCCUCCUUUCUCGCUGUCUGACCCGGGGACCUGACAUUGUUUGCUCAAGGCAGAAUUUCCCCAGGUCUCCUUGUUUUCCCAGCAAGUUGCUGUAGAAGGAAAAUGAUUCCUUCAUUUGCUUUAUUUGUGGGGUUUCAUGCACCUCCAAGGGAACCUAGUUUCCACCGUAUGUGAAAUGCAGUUCUGUGGGCUCUUUAAAGCACAAUGUCAGUCUUAAAAGGGUCUAGGAGAACGACGGAUUUACCAGGCGCAACUGUGUAUCAUGGGAGGCACAGAGUGAAUAAUACUCCACAAAGACAAACAGCAGAAGCUUCCCUUUCUAUUAUUAUGUAAGGGCUGCCCUAUGCCUCUAAAAACAUGGCCCCAGAGAAGAACCUGCUCCCGUGGUGUCACUGGACUUUGUGAGGUCAGCAAAAUCUCCUGUGAU